UCUUAAUGGGAAGUUAAGUUGAAGGACAAAGUGGUUGUGGAAAAGUUAAACGAGCAGCUGCAGAUUUUCAAGAGUCGCUGUUCUGAGUAUCCAGGAGAUGAGAAGCAAAUACGAGAUUCCUUGAGUGAAAACAUACUAGAUUCUGAAAUGGCGCUUUUGGAUUUAUCGUCAUUUCUCCACGCCUGGUGUCCCAGGACCUUCCCUUCCUUCACCCCAGUGAGACCAGUGUCCUGAACCGGCUGUGCAAACUGGGCUCAGAUUACAUUCGCUUCACUGAGUUCAUAGAGCAGCACACCGGCCACGUUCAUCAACAAGAACAUCACACCAACCAGCCGAACCAGACGGGUCUUCAUGGAAUCUACCUGCGAGCGUUUUGCACCGGACUGGACUCCAUGCUGCAGCCGUACCGACAGGCGCUGCUGGACCUCGAGCAGGAAUUCCUGGGAGACCCACAUCUGACGAUAUCCCAUGUGAAUUACAAGCUCGACCAGUUUCAGUUGCUGUUUCCCUCCGUUAUCAUGGUGGUGGAAACUAUAAAGUCACAGAAGAUCCAUGGCUGCCAGAUCCUGGAGACGGUGUACAAGCACAGCUGCGGGGGGCUUCCUCCGGUGCGCAUGGCUUUAGAAAAGAUUCUGGCCGUGUGUCACGGUGUGAUGUACAAGCAGCUCGCCGCCUGGAUGCUGCACGGGCUGCUGCUGGACCAAAGCGAGGAGUUUUUCAUCAAGCAGGGCCCCAGCGCAGGAGGCGCCGCCGCCAACCAGGACGAGGAGGAGGAGGACCUGGGGCUGGGCGGUCUGAGUGGAAAACAGCUGAGAGAGCUGCAGGACCUGCGGCUGAUCGAGGAGGAGAACAUGCUGGCUCCGUCUCUGCAGCAGUUCUCUCUGCGAACAGAGAUGCUGCCGUCUUACAUUCCCAUCCGGGUGGCAGAGAAGAUCCUGUUUGUGGGCGAGUCAGUUCAGAUGUUUGAAAACCACAACCACAGCCCGUCCAGAGCCGGCUCCAUAUUGAAACACCAGGAGGACACGUUUGCUGCCGAGCUGCACAGACUCAAACAGCAGCCUCUGUUCAGCUUGGUGGACUUUGAGAAUGUGAUCGACGGGAUCCGGAGCGCGGUGGCCGAGCACCUCUGGACGCUGAUGGUGGAGGAGGCGGACCUGCUGGAGCAGCUCAAGAUCGUUAAGGACUUCUACYUGUUGGGCCGCGGGGAGCUCUACCAGGUCUUCAUCGACCUCGCCCAGCAGAUGCUGAAGACGCCGCCAACGGCGGUCACUGAGCACGACGUUAACGUUGCCUUCCAGCAGGCGGCGCACAAGGUUCUGCUGGACGACGACAACCUGCUGCCUCUGCUGCACCUCACUGUGGACUACCAGGGGAAAGACGCCAAAGAGGCGUCGGGUCCCAGAGACGGAGCCACUCCUCCUCAGGACUCGUCUCCUCGGGAGGCUCCGCCCACCGGCUGGGCGGCCCUCGGCCUGGCCUACAAGGUCCAGUGGCCGCUGCACAUCCUCUUCACGCCYGCCGUCCUGGAGAAGUACAACGUGGUGUUCAGGUACCUGCUCAGCGUGCGGCGGGUGCAGUCGCAGCUGCAGCACUGCUGGGCUSUGCAGAUGCAGAGGAAGCACCUGAAGUCCAGCCAAUCAGACGCAGUGAAGUGGAGGCUCCGCAACCACAUGGCGUUCCUCAUCGACAACCUGCAGUACUACCUACAGGUGGACGUCCUGGAGUCUCAGUUCACUCAGCUGCUGCAGCAGAUCAACUCCACCAGAGACUUUGAGAGCAUCCGUCUGGCCCACGAUCAUUUCCUCAGCAACCUGCUGGCUCAGUCCUUCAUCCUGCUCAAGCCGGUUUUCCACUGUCUGAGUGAGAUCCUGGAGUUGUGUCAGAGCUUCUGCUCUCUGGUGGGGCAGAGCGUGGCGUCGCUGGACGACCGCGGAGCGGCCCAGCAGCUGGACCUGCUGGUGAAGGGCUUCCGGCGCCAGUCGUCCCUGCUCUUCAAAAUCCUGUCCAGCGUGAGAAACCAUCAGAUCAACUCGGACCUGGCGCAGCUGCUGCUGCGUCUGGACUACAACAAGUACUACACACAGGCCGGCGGCACGCUGGGCGGGGUUUGAGAGCAGAAAGACCAGAAAAUGAACCUCGAUCUCAAACUCCUCUGGACUCGUUGCUUCUGUCUCCGUUUGGACUUUUCACACAGUUUAAGCUCAUUUCUCACGUAAAAGAAUAUUUAAGCUGCUUAUUAAAGGACAGACUGGAAGCCUUGAAGAAUUUUAUAUAUAUUUUUGGGCUGAAGUACCAGGAAUGUUGCACAUAAGGCUGGUUUGGGUUCUCCUGCUUGAACACACAUUAAGUGGCUCAUUAAGACUCAACAAAUACGUCCUAAUGAAGUUCUUCUAUCACUAAACUGUAAUAAAAUUAUAAAAAAAUUUAAGAUUAAUAGAUUAUUGAAUUAGAAGACACUAUUUGAUGAACCUCAGGUAACUUCAUGUUGCACUGCAACUUAUUAAAYGCCCACAUAUUCCUCGAAAUAAAAUGUAUUCAAAUUUUAA